UGUCGGAGCAUGGCGACGCGAACAAACCAUUAAUACGCGUACUAAGGUUUUGACGAUGUAAACUAGGCCAGUAAACAGGCGCAGUCGGAUUUCGGUAAAAUUAUAAUAUAAAAUAUUAAGGAAACAUACAUUGUAUGUAUCAAGAUGUAUUUGAUUUCCUUUAUGACAAUGCUAAUUUUUCUUUUAGUGUCGUGUUAUACGUGGGAGAUACCGGAUAACUUUGCAAAAACUGAACAUUCCAACAAUUGGGCAGUUUUGGUUGAUACGUCACGAUUCUGGUUCAAUUAUCGACAUGUUGCAAAUGUUUUGUCUAUCUACCGAAGUGUCAAACGUUUAGGAAUACCAGAUUCGCAAAUUAUUCUUAUGAUAGCCGAUGAUAUGGCGUGUAAUCCGAGGAAUCCUAGACCAGCGACUGUUUUCAACAACAUCAAACAACAUAUUAAUGUUUAUGGCGACGAUGUCGAAGUUGACUAUAGAGGUUAUGAAGUAACAGUCGAAAAUUUUGUAAGGCUGCUGACUGGACGCUUAGUUCAGGAAACUCCGAGAUCUAAAAAAUUAUUAACAGACGAGGGUUCAAAUAUCUUAAUUUAUUUAACUGGCCAUGGUGGUAAUGGAUUUUUAAAGUUUCAAGAUUCUGAAGAAAUCACUAGUCAGGAGUUAGGAGAUGCUUUGGAGCAAAUGUGGCAAAAACGAAGAUACCAUGAAAUUUUGUUUGUGGUUGACACUUGUCAAGCAAGUUCGAUGUAUGAGAAAUUUUAUUCUCCUAACAUAUUAGCAGUCGCUUCUAGUUUAGUUGGGGAAGAUUCGCUUUCUCAUCAUGUGGAUCCUGCUAUUGGUGUUUACAUUAUAGAUCGAUAUACUUAUUAUGCAUUAAACUUUUUGGAAAAAGUAGAACCAUCUAGUACUAAAACAUUGGGUGAAUUUUUGAAAGUAUGUCCGAGAGAUUAUUGUCUGUCUACAGUGGGUGUAAGAAGAGAUUUGUUUAGAAGGGAUCCAGAUAAAGUACCAGUAACAGAUUUUUUUGGUUCACUUAGGCCUGUAGAACUUACGACGAACAUAAUAAAUAUUUUACCUGUUAAAUCUAAUCAUACAAAAACUCAGGAAAUUGAAAAGAAGUAUAAUUAUGUUGCGCAAUUUCCUCAAGUAUCUCUGUACACAUGAAUAAAAACAAAAAACAAAAUAUUUUCUUUAA